GCGAGCGAGCGCGAGCUGCGGAACCGGUUGGAAAAGGCGGGUCGCGGCGGGGCUCCGCCCCCGGGUGGGAAGGCAGGUCCUCCCCUCGGGAGCGCACGUGGCCCGGCGAAGGCGCGCCGGGGGCGGAGAGCGGCUGCCUGGCUGGUUGGCACUGGCCGGGCGGGGGGCGCCCAAUCCUGCCGCUCUCCGCAGCCGCGCCGGGCGAUGGGCCCGUGGCUGCGCUCGGCCGGGCGGGUGCUGUGCACGACGCUCGCCUUCGGGGCGCUCCGCUGGGCGCUGCGCCAAGCCCCGCUGCCGGCCCAUGUGCGCCGCGACCCGCUCCGCACCUGGCGCUGGAGGAACCUCCUCGUCUCCUUCGUCCACUCCAUCGUGGUGGGGCUCUGGGCCGUCGCGGGGGUGUGGCAGGUACCGGAAAUCUUCACAGAUAUUGUCAACACAGCCCCACCAUCCGGGAUCCUGCUGAUGUCUGUUUCCGCAGGUUAUUUCAUCCAUGACAGUCUCGACAUCAUAAUCUGCCGCCAGUCCCGUGCCUCUUGGGAGUACCUGGUCCACCACACCAUGGCCAUCUCGGGGUUGUUCUCUGGGAUCUUCCUGGAGCGCUUUGUGGGGGCCGGCCUGAUCUCUCUCUUUGUGGAGGUGAGCAACAUCUUCUUGACCAUGCGGAUGAUGAUGAGGCUGGGGAAACUGCCCUUCCCCACCUUCUACCAGGUCAACAAGUACAUCAACCUGGUGGUCUACUUCCUCUUCCGCCUGGCACCCCAGGCCUACCUGAGCUGGUACUUUGUCCGCUUCGUGGAGAUGCGGGGCCAGGGCGCCUUCCUCAUGGUCAACUUGGUGCUCCUCGACGGCAUGAUCCUCAUCUACUUCUCGCGCCUCCUGCGCUCCGACUUCUGCCCGAGCUCCCGGGAUGAGGGCCCCGGCAGCGAGAAGAAGUUCCUCAUAGACUAGAUGUCCUGCAGAGCCCCUGCCGAUGGGGUGGGGGUGCCCGCUGCCACCCUCGGGUUCGCCACCGCUGGUGUGCCUUAACUGCCGAAGGCGCCGCAUUCACCGUGCCGCUCCUUCCAGCUGCUUUUGCUGGGCUGAGCGAGAGGGUGGGCUGGCUUUUGCUUGGCCUCCUGGCCUGGAUGGAGCCGGGACAAAGAUGCUCUGAGCUCAGCCGGAAGCAAGAACGGAGACUGGGAGACUUUGUGGGCGGGUUGUGGGGGGCAGAGUUUGCCUCCCAUGUUUUUGGUUGGGAGUUUGGGGGCGGAGGAAGGGGGUGUUUCAUUCAUUAAAGUCAGUUAGCAAGCUAAA